AUGUCAAUUUUUAGAGGAUUUACAACAUAUGAUUAUGGAAGAGAAUAUUUUGUCUUUUUUAUAAAAAUAAGCUUUGAAAUUUCAUAGUAAUGGUUCAUAAUUAGAAAUGAAUUAGAAAAAAAAUUAUAAGAAGAGAAAAAAAAACCAUAAGACACUUUCGAAAUGGAAACGGAAUUUGGAGAUUUCUUAUGUUAAUUUGAAAAAUCAACAAGUAAAUAAUAUUUAUAAAAUUAGAGUGCUAUUUCAUAUUAUUAAGCAAUUCCAAAACUAUAAAAGAGGAAUAAAAGAAAUUAUUACAAGCUAUAAUUAUAGAAAUAAAAAAAAAUCAUAAUUACGACAAAGUAUGUUAAUUUUAUAUAAAAAAAUAAAAGUUAACAAGAGAAGAAUUUCAAAAGAGUUUGAAAUAAGAAAUCUAGAACAUCAUAAGUAAUGCUGAAUAAGAAUAUAUUCAGAAAUAUGGAAACUUAGAUCCAAUUAUAACUAAAGAAUUCUAAUAAUAUAAGAAAUAUAGAAAAGAUUUGGCUAAGGAAAUAGAAAUAAAUGAGUAACAAAAGUUAAUAACAAUUGGAUUAAUAGAGAAAAUGAUAAUCAAAUAAAAAAGUAAUUUAAAGAUUGCUUAAUAAAAUCUUUUAUUUAAAGGAUUUAUGAUGUUAGAUUAUGUUCGAUAGUAUUUUUUUAUGAUGGUUAAUAAAAUGAUAUCUGUAUAAAAGAAAUGGAUAGAUGAUCGAAAUGCAAUUUAUAAAUAAAUUAUGGAUCAUUAGCACAAACAUUUAGACAUUAUUAAAUUAAAAGGAGAAAAUGGUUAAUUUUAUGCAAAAUAUCAUAAAGAAAAAAGUAAGUUUAUUUUUUUAAUAAUAAAUAUUAGAAUGUUAUUUCAUUCUUUAUUCAGGAGAAUCGGUUAAUAUAGAAUAAUAACAAGAAGUGAUUAAUAAAAUAUAUUUAUUAAUCACUCAAGUCGAAUAUAUAAAAGUAGAAUAAGUUAUUAAUUUAGAUGACUAAAGAAGAAAUUGAAUUAAAAUUUUUAUCCUAAGUAAAAACAAUUUUAGAUUAAAGUGAAAAAAUUCAUACUGAUUAAGUGAUAAUGAAAAUUGAAGGAAAGAAUAAUAAUUCUGAAUAAAAAUAGUUUAAUGGAGGGGAAUAAAAUAAUGCUGGAUUGAAAAAUCUAUCUAAAAAUAAUUUAGUAAAGUAAGAGGAAAGUUAUCCACUAAUUUUAUGA